GAACACAUAAUUUAUUUUAACAAGGGAAACAAAAGUAUGUUGUAUUGUAGAGUAAAGGGUCAAUCUUCUGAGACAUGUCAUGUGAAAUGUGACUGUCAGUCUGUAGUAACAUGGCUCAGAGCGUCACAGGCGGAAGGUCAUGGAGCAAUAGAACGGAAGCGAGAUAGAUGCCGCGUUCAUAUGCUAGUCGGAACUAGGAAACUCGGAAAUGUCCGACUUGCUAUUUCGUUGAACGGCGGCACGUGUAUAACUACAACCAGAUAGCAAGUCGGACAUUUCCACGUUUCCUAGUUCCAACUAGCAUGUGAACGCGGCAUAAUAGCCAAUCCGCCAUUGUGGAAUAGAGUAAGGGAUAUUUCAAUCUGGCAUUAGGCAGUUUCAGAGUAAGUGAUACAUUGUAGCCGAACGUCAACUAGAUCAGAAACAUUUAAUACCACAGGCAGAUACAAAGUCGCGAUCCUCGGCGCUCGAGAAAAGAUUGUAGGGAAAGAUCUGACGACUGGAAAAAAACACCGCCUCUACAUACAGAGAUUGGAUAACCCGAGACGAGCUGAGAAAAAUACYGGAGUGCAGAAGCAGGAGAAACAGUGGACAGUCGCAAACAGAAAUCCGUUUCGGCUCCUGGAGGAUGUCUGCAACCACAGUCGAUCAGAGACCCAAAGGACAAGGAAAUAAAGUGCAAAACGGAUCAAUGCAUCAGAAGGAUGGAGUAAACGAUGAAGACUUUGAACCUUACCUAAGCAGCCAGACAAAUCAGAAUAACAGCUACCCACCAAUGUCCGACCCCUACAUGCCCAGCUACUAUGCUCCCUCCAUAGGCUUCCCUUACUCCCUGGGAGAGGCGCCCUGGUCCACCGCGGGGGAUCCCCCCAUGCCCUAUCUGACCACCUAUGGACAGAUGAGCAACGGCGAGCACCACUUUAUCCCCGACGGGGUGUUCAGCCAGCCGGGCGCCCUGGGCAACACCCCUCCCUUCCUCAGCCAGCAUGGCUUCAACUUCUUCCCUGGAAACGCAGACUAUUCCACCUGGGGCACCAGUGUCUCUCAGGGCCAGUCCACACAGAGCAAUGCCUAUAGUAAUAGUUAUGGUUACACCCCUAGUUCCCUGGGGAGGGCUAUAACUGACGGACAGGCGGGCUUCAGCAGUGACGCCCAGCUCAGUAAGGUCCCGGUGCUGAGCAGCAUCGAGCAGGGCAUGACUGGGUUAAAACUGGGAACGGACAUGGGCGCCGCCGUCACCAAGACUGUCGGCUCUCCCCUCGGGGGCAUGAGUAGCAUGGCGGCCAAUAGCAUGCCACCGUUGGUUAGUUCCUCAGCCCCCAAACCCACGUCCUGGGCGGCCAUCGCCAGGAAGCCGGCCAAGCCCCAGCCCAAGGUCAAGCCCAAAGCCAACAUGGGGAUGGGGGCCCCUGCCAUUCCCCCGCCGCCCAUCAAGCACAACAUGAACAUUGGCACCUGGGACGAUAAGGGCUCCCUCAACAAGCCCCCCUUAGCUCAGACCAUGAUGCCCCCUCAGACCAUGGUGCAGCAGACCCUGAUGGGCCAGCCCCAGCCCCUGCUGCAGAGCCCUCUGCCCCACCAACAUCAGCCCCAACAUCAGCCCCAACAUCAGCCCCAACACCAGCACCAGCACCAACACCAGCCCCAACAUCAGCCCCAACAUCAGCACCAACACCAGCAGCACCACCAACCCUUUCAGCUGCAGUCGCUCCAGUCCCCCCAACACCCCCAGCAGAUUCCCCCAGGUCCCCCUCACCCCCACCAACACCCCCACCAGAACUUUUCCUCCCAGCCCGGCCCCCCUCAACCCAUGCAUCAACACCAACACUCCCAGAUCCCACCCCAGAACCGCUGGGUGGCUCCUCGGAACAGGGGCACCUUCAACCAGGGAGGGGCGGAGGGCUUUGGGAUGGGUGUUGGUGGGGUUCCCCUCAGUGCCUCUCCCUGCUCCGGGGAGGUGCACCCCGUGUUAGAGAAACUGCGGUCCCUCAACAACUACAACCCCAAAGACUUUGACUGGAACCUGAAGAACGGCCGUGUGUUCAUCAUCAAGAGCUACUCUGAGGACGACAUCCACCGCUCCAUCAAGUACUCCAUCUGGUGCAGCACCGAGCACGGCAACAAGCGCCUGGACGGGGCCUACCGCUCGCUGGGGGCCAAGGGGCCCCUCUACCUGCUGUUCAGCGUCAACGGCAGUGGUCAUUUCUGCGGCGUGGCGGAGAUGCGCUCACCCGUGGAUUACAACUCCUACGCAGGCGUCUGGUCUCAGGACAAGUGGAAGGGCAAGUUUGAGGUGAAGUGGGCGUUUGUGAAGGACGUGCCCAACAACCAGCUGAGGCACAUCAGGCUGGAGAACAAUGACAACAAGCCCGUCACCAACUCCAGGGACACUCAGGAGGUGCCUCUGGAGAAGGCAAAGCAAGUGCUUAAAAUUAUCGCAACUUUCAAGCAUACCACCUCAAUCUUUGAUGACUUUGCACAUUAUGAGAACCGCCAGGAGGAGGAAGAGGCCCUGCGGAGGGAGCGGAAUAGAAAUCAACAGUAACUUUAAAGAGAACUCCUUGCUAGAGGUACAACACUAACGACGUAGGACCUUAAAUAAUUAGCCUAACCACACGGAAACUAAGGGUUUUGCCAUCUUUUCUGCUGAAGACAACAACAACAAGACGACAACGACGUCGUAUCUCGUGACUUGAACACGACGACGGACUCGCCUGUAUCAGUUCUCUGGUGA